ACAAUCCUUGCGAUAAUGCUUGGCUCUGACAAGACUCACCUAACCAACUUCUCUGGCAACAAGAAGAUGCAUCCUGUGUACCUUUCUCUGGGAAAUAUUCAGAAAUCGGUCCGGAACAAACCUAACAAGCAUGCAUGGAUUCUCUUGGCCAAUCUCCCAAUUAGCAAAUUUGCGGCAACACAUUUCGACAAUAGCCACUUAGCUGAUGAGAUGAAGGGAAUGCCUGGUCUCCUUCAGAAGAUAUUGUAUCAUGAAUGUCUUCGCAUUGUCCUGAAGCCACUUCAUGAGCAUUAUCGGACAGGCUGCAUAAUCAGACCAGUGCCCCUGCUUGAUGCGCAUGGAAUGACCCGCACUUGCAUCCUAAUUCUAAUGGCUUGGAUUGUGGAUCUUGAAGAAGUCCUUGAUCUCCUUGGUCUUUGUCGAAACAGCUGUCCAAAGUGCACUGCUCAGUACAAAGACCUUGGU